UUUCCUUUUCCCUUUUUCUGAUGUCACCACACGACCCUCACCUGCCCAUCCUCCUCCGCGGAACCCAUCCUCGAGACACAUUCCCCGCCUGACGAAACAACAAUGGCCAUCAAGGACUACCAGCGCGAAUUCAUCGAUUUUGCCAUCAAGAAUGAGGUCUUGAAGUUUGGAGAGUUCAUCCUGAAGUCCGGACGCAUUUCGCCCUACUUCCUCAACGCAGGUCUCUUCAACACUGGUGCCUCGCUCGCCAAGAUUGGCAAGUUCUAUGCUGCGGCCGUUCAAGACUCAGGUAUCGAGCACGAUGUGAUCUUUGGUCCUGCCUACAAGGGUGUUCCUCUGGCCUGCACGACCGUCAUUGCUCUUGCAGAGGCGCCGUACAACAAGGAUACGCCCUACUGCUUCAACCGCAAGGAGAAGAAGGACCACGGCGAGGGUGGCUCAAUUGUCGGAUCGCCCUUGAAGGGGAAGGUUCUGGUCAUUGACGAUGUUAUCACUGCAGGCACUGCGAUCCGGGAGUCCGUUCAGAUCAUUCAGGAUUGCCAUGCUCAGCUCGCAGGUGUGCUCGUUGCGGUUGACCGCCAGGAGACGGGAAGGAACGGCGAUCUGUCUGCGAUCCAGGAGGUCGAGAGAGAUUUUGGGGUGCCCGUCAAGGCGAUUGUGAACAUGUCGCAUAUCAUGGAGUACAUGGAGGAGAAGGGUAUCUACGGCGACCAUCUUGCCCAGAUGCGCAAGUACCGUGAGAAGUACGGCGUUUAAGAACUUUUAUAAUAAAGCCCUUCAUUAACACGCA